UUAAAAAAAAAUAACAAAAAAUUAAAUACUUUAAUAACUUAUCUAUUUUUUAUAAAUAAAAUUUAUUUUUUAAAAUUAUAUAAUCUAUAUAAUUUAUAUAAUAAUAUAACCUGAUCAAAUUAUAUUUGAAAAGAAUAAAUAACUUCUAACAAUGGAAACAUUGAAUUCACCGUCAGAUAAAGUUUUAUAUCAAGCUAUUAUGGAAAUUAAAGAGCCAGUAAUAUUUCAACGACUCUUACAAAAUGCAAAAGAUGAUUAUUGUUGGAAAUUAUUUGAAUGGAAUUUAUCGGAACUUGCUGAAAAAUUCGGAGAUAUUAAAUUACCAUUUCGAAUUGGCUAUAAUGCUAGAUCUACGAAUCCACAAUGGGAAGUAAAUUGUCCAACAGUUUUAAUGACAUUAUUAGAAUUUAUUCAAAAUAUGAAUCUCCAUGAAAAUCAUAAAAAGUGGUAUUAUUUUGAUUAUAAAUAUAUGCAAGAAUGGUUCAAAAAUAAGCCAGAAAUAUUAAAUUCAGUAAAUUGGAAAAGAUUUGAUAUUGAUAAAACUGGUGAUGAUUCUACUAUUUGGAUUGGCAGCAAAGGAGCUCAUACAAAUUGUCAUCAGGAUUCUUAUGGUUGUAAUUUAGUAGCUCAAAUACAUGGAAGGUUAAUUUUAUAA